AUGGCGACCUGCAUAGGCAUGGUCGUUAGGGCUGGAGGCUCCGCACUGACUGUGCUAAAGCCGGCGGCUAGACAGUGUUCGAGGCAGAAGACAAUUGUGUUCGUCCCGCGGCGCUUUUCGCAUGGAGCCCGGAGCAGUUUGUACGAGCAUGUCCGUGAGGGCUACAGUGACAAGCCGGAGCUGGACAUGAGGGCGGCGUGUGAGGAGACGGACAAAGUCAUAGUAAAUGUCGAGAACAGGAAGGGCGACCUGCGAGCGGACGAUGUCACGAAAAUUGUAUGUGUGUGGCAGGAGCUGCAGGCAGUGAGGACAGAAAUCUCUGGCCUGGAGGAGCAGAAGAGACACGUCAGCGAUGCAGUCAAGGAACUAGUGACUAAGAAAGACAAGAAAGCCCUCGCCAAUCUUCCAGAGUACACCCAGGCUCUGCAGAAGGGUCGAGAGAUCCGCAGCAGACUGAAUCAACUGUACCCCAAAGAGACUGAGCUGGAGCAGGAACACUACGGAAGAGCACUCAGACUGCCCAACACCACACACCCUGAUGUGCCAGUUGGAGAUGAGAGCCAGGCGAGGGUGGUGGAGCUGGUUGGACAGAAACCAGAGUUUGACUUCAAGCCCAGAGGCCAUUUAGAGCUCGGGGAGGAGCUGGGUCUCAUCAGGCAGAGACAUCUGGCACAUGUCUCGGGCCACAGGUCGUACUAUUUGAGGGGAGCCGGGGCCAGACUACAGACUGCACUACAAAACUUUGCCCUCAACACACUGCAGCGACGGGGCUUCAUUCCCAUGGUUGUACCUGACGUGCUGAAGGGGGCAGUAUUUGAGGGUUGUGGGAUGCAGCCCAACGCCCAUCGCUCUCAGGUCUAUUCACUGGACCCGGCCCGUUUCCCAGACCUAAACCUGGCUGGGACUGGAGAGGUCGGAUUGGCAGGCUACUUCAUGGAUCAUGCAGUAAACUGGAAGGACAUGCCUGUCAGGACAGUGUGCAGCAGCACCUGCUACAGAGCAGAGACAGACACAGGCAGAGAGACAUGGGGCCUCUACAGAGUACAUCACUUCAACAAGGUAGAGAUGUUUGGAGUGACAGCAGAUGAGACAGGAGAAGAGAGCUCUCAGCUGCUGGAGGAGUUUGUCUCUUUGCAGAAAGAGAUGUUCUCUUCACUGGGACUGCACUACAGAGUGCUGGACAUGCCGACACAGGAACUGGGUCCUCCAGCACACAGGAAGUACGACAUUGAAGCAUGGAUGCCUGGGAGGAACAGCUAUGGAGAGAUUUCCAGUGGGUCCAACUGUACAGACUACCAAAGCAGACGCCUCAACAUCUUGUAUGAGAGAGAGGAUGGCAGCCUGCAGUACGCCCACACAGUAAAUGCUACAGCAUGUGCCAUCCCCCGUACCAUCAUCGCUAUCCUGGAGACUCACCAGACCAAAGAAGGGACAGUGCGUGUCCCCGCAGCCCUGCAGCCUUAUCUGGGUCUAGAAGUAAUCGAGAAGCCAAAAUACACUCCACUGAAAUACAUCGGACCCAACCAGCACAGUCGACCACCCAGACCUGCUCCCAAGACCAGAUGACAAAGCCAGCCUUCACCCACAGACACCCGAGGUUCAGCCAGUUCACGUUCAACACCACCAAGUCAGACAGGAAGUAGACAUUUAAUACGCAUAAGGAUGCUUCAUACAUCUGACUUUUUGAGUUGAGUUUGAAUUGAGUGCAUCUAUGUUUUGAGGCCAUGGAUCAGAUCUUAACCUUCCAGUUUACUGUGACUGUAAAUAUAUAUAAUAUAUUUUGUUGCAUGCCAUGAAAUUGCGAACAAGAGCCUGAAUGUGCUGUGGAGCUCAUGAGUAGGACCAUUAAAUAAAU